CUUACUGCGCAAGCGCAAUAGAAUAACAAGGGUAAUAUUUUGAAAUUAGGAACAAUUUCCGGGUUAUUACCCGGGACGGAAACGCAAAACCUGGUAUAGUUCCGACAGAAAUGGGAUAAUUAGUUAAAGACCAAGGGACAGCUUCAUCACUGCCAAACAAUGUCUACGUCUACCUCCUCACAGCAGUUAGCUGGACAGAAUCCUACUCAACGUAGCACAUCCUCUGAAGAAAGAAAUCCGGUACGACCACAGCCAGCUCUGUUGAAGCUUUUACACACAGCGGGGGCAAAGGGAGACACAUUUACUUUGAAGCAGGUUAUGCAUCAUUUGGGCCAGUAUAUUAUGGUGAAACAGUUGUAUGACAAGCAGCAGCAACAUAUUGUCCACUGUGAGGCUGAUGAGCUCGGGCAAUUAUUGGGCAUCUCCAGCUUUUCUGUAAAGGACCCCAGCCCUCUAUAUAAUAUGCUGAAGAAGAAUCUGUACCCAGUAUCUUGCACAGAUGCUGCACAGAGUCCCUCACGUGACCCAAAGCAAGAUACGAGUGGUUUGGAUCAUCAGAAGGAGACCAAAGAAAUAUUCAACAUUAGAGACAACUGUGAGAGAGCGGAUGGGAUGGCUGAAGCUCUCUCUGUCUCACAGAACAAGCGCCCAGGGGAAGACCUUGAAUGUCCAGCUAAUUCCAAGCAGCCACGAUUGGAUUUAGUCUUUGAAGAAUGGGAUGGGGCUGGGCUGCCCUGGUGGUUUUUGGGAAAUCUGCGGACAAAUUACAACCCCCAGAGUAAUGGAUCCACAGAUAUCCCUUCCAAUCAGGACAUAGACACAGCUCUUGUGUCAGACACCACUGAUGACUUGUGGUUCCUUAAUGAUUGCCGAUCAGAUCAAAUCAACAUGGAGGUAAAAGUUGAAGCUAUGGACUCUCCAAGAAGUGUAGGGGAAGAAGUUAGGGAAGCUGAGGAGAAAAAGGUCAUUGAGCUCACAAUUUAUGAGGACAACUUAGAAGAUACUCAGAGCCUAAGUGACGAUACAGACACUGAGAUCACUUCUGAGGAUUGUUGGCAGUGUACAAAUUGCCACAAAUUCAACUCUCCUAUGAAGCGGUACUGCUUCCGUUGCUGGGCACUGCGUAAAGAUUGGUAUUUGGAUUGUCCUCGCCUUACCCAUGCCCUUUCUACUCCUACACUUGUUGACAAAAGCAGUAAACAAGAAAAGAGUGGUAUUGAUAUCCCUGAUUGCCGCAGGACUAUAUCUGCCCCUGUGGUGAGGCCACAUUCUCUUGUAGACAAAACACAGGCUCCUUCCUUGGAGUCGCUGGACUUGGCCAAAACCAACAUUCCGGUCAGGACACUCUCAGAGAGUACAGACACUUUGUUGACGGCUCAGUCUGAGGAGGCAUCAUUGGCAUCUAGCCGCCCACUCCUUGAGCCUUGUCAACUUUGUCAUCGCCGUCCACGUAAUGGAAAUGUAAUACAUGGGCGCACUGCUCAUUUGGUCACAUGCUUCCCGUGUGGCCGCAGCCUGCAGAAGACACGUAAGGGUUGUCCGGUGUGCCAGAAACCAAUACAGAUGGUGGUAAAAACAUAUGUGGCAUAGUAUACUAGUGUCAAGAACAAUAGGGUAACUUCAAUCCUUCUGGAUUUGAGCCAGCACUGACUGCCCUUUGCAAGUCUUAGUUGAUGACACUUACAUGUGGUUAUAUAAGCUCUUAUGUUAAUUUCUCACAGCAUGCUGAUAUGAGAAACCACAACAAUUUUGCAAGCAAAUUCCAGCUUUUUCAAGAGUUUUGUUUACACAGGAGAUUGGGAUGCUCCCGUCAUUUCACUUUUGGAUAUGAAAUGAAGCAUCAUUGACUCUUCGCAAAGCCUGAGAGCAUGCGUUAUCACUGCCAUAAAUAACUGAAGUGUUUUGCCUUUAUUGCUUGACACUAUUCACUACCAAAUGCCAAGGAGAACAGGUGUUGUGAACUUUCUAAGUAUUUAUAAAGAGAUAUAUAUAUCUAUAUAAAUGUAUAUAAAUCUUGAAGAGGUAUAUCUAUUUAUGCAUGGGAUCAUUUGCAGAUGGAGUAUGGAGUAAUUUAAAAUGAACUUAACAUCUUCAAACCUUAAGCAUUAUGUGCAGAAUCAGCAAAAUGAAGCACCUUUACAAGGGAAGGAAAAAUCCCUAAACAGCCUGCUGUAUAUGUUUUGAUAUUCUUGUUUUCUUUUGGCAAUAGAAAUGCCCAUGCAGAAAAUGAAUAAGUUGGAAUAAUUUGUGUGUAAAUGUGUAUAAAGUUUCUUUCAAUGUUCAGUAAUAACAAAUAUGUCCUUUUUUUAUUUUGGGCAUCUUUGUUUGUUGUUGCAAUGUUUGAUGCAAAAUUUUAAUUCACUAGUCUGCAGUUUGUGUUUUUAGGUUUGUAGUUAAGCAGAUUUCACAACUUUUGACACAUAGUAGCAGUAUUACUGCAUAUUGAAAAAUCUGGUAUGUUUUGUUUAAUGAAGGCAAAAUACUAUUGUGAAUCCAAAUAUGGUGUUUUUUUUUUAUAUUGUACCUGUUGUCUCCUGAUGACAAGUUCAGUAAAGUUGAUACUUGUUGAA